CACAACACUCUUUGACUGCUCCUCCAACCACUUUGCAAAAGCAUAUACCCGCGAUUCCCUUCUUUUUAAUUCUUCUACUAUCUUCUUUCGUUCGACAAACGUCUUUUGAGGUCAUUUCAGACCCUCGCUAGUACAAUGACCACGAAAAAGAGCUCCUCGCCAAUGCUACUACUGCUACUUGGGCUGCUCGCAUCCACGAUAUCGCCAACGCAGGCCGUUGGAAUCCUACUACCGCGAAGCAGCGACACCUGUCCCAGCGACUACACGCAAUGCUCUGGCAGCGGACUUCCCAGCACAUUCUGUUGCCCCAGCACCUCCACCUGCAUCAGUCUCGACGACGGCAGCUCGGCCAUCUGCUGCCCAGCCGGCCAGAGCUGCGACUACAUCGAGCCCAUCACCUGCGACGUGCAACUCCAGAACGCAACCUCUCACCCAAAGAACAGCGUGCACACGACCCGGCUCGACGAUAGCCUCGCGACCUGCGGUUCGAAAUGCUGUCCCUUCGGCUACACCUGCACGGGGGACUCCCUUUGCAGCCUGGACACCUCCACCGCAUCCACCGCGACCGCAUCCACCGCCAGCACCACCAAAACCUCAACUUCAUCAACUAGUAGCACCAUCUCAUCCUCCUCCUCAUCAUCACUAGCAACAGCCAUCUCCGCCACCGACCCCCGCGUCUCCCAGUGCUCAGACAUAACAAACACCACUACAACAGCAACCGCCCUGACCAACUGCCCCAAAUAUCCCACCGCCGCCGUCCUAGCCGGCUUUUUCCCCGGCGCCCUCCUCGGCGUAACCGCCACCCUGCUCUCCCUUCUCCUGUACCGCAACCACCGCCGCAAACAUCUGCCCCCAUCUGCCAAGGUCGCCCAGUUCACCCGCCGCUCCGCCAAGGGCACCCUGAUUGGGAUCUCCUCGCCCAUGCCCUCAGCUGAGACCGCCUGCCGCACCGACUUCCUCCUUCGGCGGACGCAGUCCCGUGCCUCGAAAGCCACGUCCGCCGCCGGGGGCUCUCGUCGUUCGCGGUCCCGGUCCCGGACGCGCUCGAUGAUCCAGAAGACCGGCGGGCGCGUGCGGAGUCUGUUCAAUCCCCAGAACCCCGUUACGUAUACGUAUAGUACGGCACCAGUGAUCCCCGCUCUGCCACGCACCGAGAGUAUCCGGGUGUAUACGCCUCCUGGUGUGUUUGCGACGACUGGGGUCUUGAAGCCAGACGCGUACCCGACAAACCCCAGGGCGAUGGAAGCGUUUUCGGAGGAAUCGGAGGGGGCCGGGGGUAGUGGGUUGAGUCGGGGGAAUUCGAGGCUGGGGUCGCAGCGGAGAUAG